AUGUUUCAUUCUCUCCUGAAGCGUCAGUAUCCAUCAAAAAGAAAAGAAAAACCUUUCUGUGCUGCAGGGAUGGAUUUUGGAAGCAGAUGUGACCCCUGGACCCAUGAGGAUGGGAUGAGAAGAGGAGCAUUGCACGGAUAAACUAAACAUAUUAAAGCUCCUGUAGAGACAUGAGGGAACAGCUGACAGGUGACAUAGAUGUUGGAGGAAAAGAUGGAGGGGAAUAAAACGCGAAGUGCGCAGCGCGGAUGUGCAGAGCAGCGGAUUUAUUAUUAUUAUUUCACUGCAGGAUGGAGGUGAAAUAACAUGCAUGUUUUACAGUCUCCAUCGCACUGAAUCAACGCGUUUUAUUUCCUGCUGUAAAACGAAGAGAGGAGCGCUUGUUUUACUGUCUGCAGCAGCCUGAUCCUGCAGGGUAUCUCGGGGAUGAUGGAAGUGAAAGAAUACUCAUGUUUUACAGUCUCCAUUACGCUCCAGCUGCACUGACUGAUUUAAUCUCACCAGUUGAAAAAAACACUUGUUUUCCUGUCUUCAGCACCAGGGACAGCGACCAUGUGUGCAGAGGAGGGGGUUUACUGAAGCCUGAUCUCCGGGUGGAGGGGAAAUAACAUGCAUGUUUCACAGUCUCCAUUGCACUGACUGAAAGACGACCAGAGGAGCGCUUGUUUUCGGUCUUCAGCACCGCGGACAGCCACCAUGACGCGGCUCCGCAGGAAGGCUUUAGUUUCUCUCUUCCUCUUCACCCUCUUCAUCUUCGGGGCCAUGAUGGGGCUCCGGACCCUGAAGCCCAGCGACGGCUUCUCAGACCUGGCCCCGGGGAUGGGCUUCAUCCGGGAGAGAGAGAGGGACCGGAGGCGGCUGGAUGCAGAGGAUGUGGCGGUGUCUCCGGGUCAGGUUCACGGCGGCAGCAUCAGCAGCGACACUAAGGUGGUUUUCACUAAAUCUGACCGGGACUACAGCAUCUUUUACGACGUGCACAUCUUCUACUACCUGUGGUACGGGGACCCGGCCACCGACAACAAGUACAUCCACUGGGACCACGUGCUGGUGCCGCACUGGGACCCUAAGAUCGCAGCCAGUCACGCCCAGGGCAGACACACGCCUCCGGAGGACAUAGCCUCCAGUUUCUACCCGGAGCUCGGCCCCUACAGCUCCAGGGACCCCAAGGUGCUGGAGUCCCACAUGGCGCAGAUAGAGGAGGCUGCAGCAGGGGUGCUGGUUCUGUCCUGGUACCCCCCCGGCGUGGCAGACGACCACGGGGAGCCGAGCGAGGAUCUGGUCCCCGCCGUGAUGGACGCCGCCCACAGGCACAGCAUCAAGGUGGCCUUUCACAUACAGCCGUACAAAGGACGGACGGACCAGAGCAUGCAUGACAACAUCAAAUACAUUAUUGACAAGUAUGGAAAGCAUGGCGCCUUCUACAGAUUCAGGUCCAGCACGGGGCGAGUCCUGCCUCUGUUUUACGUCUACGACUCCUACCUGAUGCCAGCCGAGUCCUGGGCCGAUCUCCUCAGCCCUAAAGGUUCCCACAGUAUCCGAGGCACGCCUUACGACGGCGUCUUCCUCGCCCUUAUCGUGGAGGAGCGCCACAAACACGACAUCCUAGCUAGCGGCUUUGACGGCAUCUACACCUACUUCGCCUCCAACGGAUUCUCCUUUGGCUCGUCCCACCAGAACUGGAAAGCCAUCAAGAACUUCUGCGAUGGCAACAAUCUGCUCUUUAUUCCCAGCGUUGGUCCGGGGUACGUGGACACGGCUGUUCGCCCGUGGAACAACCACAACACGAGGAACCGCGUUAACGGACGAUACUACGACACGUCCUUGCAGGCGGCUUUGUCUGUAAGGCCGGAAAUCGUCACCAUUACGUCCUUUAACCAAUGGCAUGAAGGCACGCAGAUAGAGAAGGCUGUACCCAAGAAAACAGUGACGCGUUUGUACCUGGAUUACCAACCCAAUCAGCCGGACCACUACUUAGUGCUCACUCGCCAAUGGGCAGAGAACUACAACAAGGAGAAGGACACAUGGCUGAUGUGAACUUAAUUUCCCUAGUGAAUCAGACCAAAACAAAAAGUCAGCUCCUACUCCUUUAUGUCCAUUUCAAUACCAGUUUUUCUGCUUCGACAGCAUCUACACCUACUUUGAAUCGAAUGGCUUCUCUUUGGCUUGUACUACCAGAACUGGAAAGCCAUUAAGAACUUCUGCAAUGCCAACAAUCUGCUCUUUUGGUCCAGCGUUGGCUGUUCGCCUGUAGCACAACCAUGGAACGAGAAAGCAUGUUAACGGACGAUAUUAGGACACAUCUUUUCAGGCCAGAAAUCUUGACCAUUAAGUCCUUUUACCAAUGUCAGGAAUGGACGCAGAUAGAGAAGGCUGGACACAAGAAAACGGUGAGGUGUUGUACCUGGACUGCCAACCCAAUUAGCCAGACUACAUAGUGCUUACAGGCCAGUGGGUCGAGAACUUUAACAAGGAGAAGGACAUGUGGCUGAUGUGAAGAUGGCUUUAGAUAAGACAAGAAAAGACAUCUCCAAACCUUUAUAUCCAUCCCCCUAACUGUUUUAUGUCCGACUCUGAGCACUACUUUGACGGCAUCUUCACCUACUUUGCCUCCAACGGCUUUCCUUUGGUUCGUUCAACUAUGACUAGAAAGAAAGAACUUCUGCGAAGCCAACAAUCUGCUCUUUUUUUCCCAGCGUUGGUCCGAGUUACUUGGGAAGGGCUGUUCAACCGUGGAAACGUCUUUGCAAGCGUCACCAUUAAGUCCUUGAACCGAUGGAAGAAAGGGACGCAGAUAGAAAUGGCUCUUCCCAAGUUUGUAACUGGACUACAAACCCAAUCAGACGGACUAUCACUUAGUGUUUACUCUUCAAUGGGCGGGGAACUUCAACAAGGAAAAGGACACAUGGUUGAACUUUAUUAGCUGGUAGAUCAGACCAGAAAAUACAUGAAAUCAGCUCCUAGCACUUCUGAUAAGAUUUUCUCUAAAUGUUCACUCUACCUUUACUGUUUUUAAUCCGUUUUUUUGUACAGCUUAUAAAUGUCACCUGGUAUGUUGAAGCUAUGAAGGACAAAUAAUCAUUGUUUCCUGAUAAUUCAGUAUCUGUGUGCGGCUUAUAUGCAGUAACUCUGCCCUGUAGAGACGUUUUUCUUAUUUUCUUAUGAUGAGAGACUGUUCUUUCCUGUAUUUCUCUGAAGUGAAAAUUAAAAUGUGUG